UUCUAGUGACAUCCGGCGCCUUUGUGGUGGGAGCGUGCACAGUGAUUUUUUCUUUUCUUGGAUUUGUGAAAGCUUGGGAGCCGUUUAUUGGACUUAGUAUAGCUAUCAGAUUUGUGAUGGGAUUUGGACAAGCUGCCUACGACACAACAUCGAUGGCAUUGUUGUUGAGCAUGUUUCCAUCUCGUACAGCCACUACUUGGUCAUUCGUUGAAUUAACUGUUGCACUUGGUUAUAUCAGCGGAGCACCGUUCGGCGGAUUUUUAAACGAAAUCGAAGGUUUCUACUUUCCCUUUGUGAUUAGUGGUAGCAUUCUCUUAGUGUUCACACCAUUAUUAGUUUACCUGAUGUCUGACAGCCAGCUGCUUAGUGAGAAUAUGUAUACUGAGGAUGAAGGUGAAGUGACAUCAUGGAAACUGCUAAAGAUGCCGCCUAUAGUGUUAGUCUGUGCGAAUCUAUCUUCUUGCUUUAUCUCUAUGCAACUUUUUGAAACAUCGAUGGCAGUAUUUCUGGACAAGGAGUUUGGUUGGUCCUCGUCUUACAUUGGAUUGGUGUUUCUUGUAUCAGGGGCAGUCUACUUUGUUAUGACUAUUUUUACGGGUCCACUUGUUGAUGCUACCAAUCCAAGAGUUCUAAUGAUCAUUGGGUUGCUGAUGGAAGGAUGUGCAAUGAUGGCAGUUGGUCCAUCAUUUGUGUUUUCGUUUCUCUCGCCAAAGCCGUGGUGUGUGUACCUGUCAAUGGUAUUAUUUGGGUUGGGAAUGCCAUUGAUUACAAUAUCUGCAGGUCCAGAUAUGAUUCGUACUGCUACUUUAAGAGGAUAUGAAAAGAACAUGUCAUUGAAUGGAGCCGUAUCAGGACUGGUGUUAGCAGCUACAUUUUUGUCGGGAACAGUGGGUGCUCCGAUUGCUGGAGGGCUGACUGCUGCAUUUGAUUUUCGUCACUCAUCUUCUUAUUUUGCCUUUUUUAACUUUUUAUUGGUUAUUAUUUCUAUAGUAGCCACUGCAUCUGAAGCUUUUAUGUCUAGAAGAAUAAUGCACAAUUGAAAAAAUAACUAUUUAUUUAAUUAUCUAAUUAAUUAAAAUCAUCUUAU